AUGGCAGAGUUCACAAGUAAUAGUGUUGAGGAGUAUUUGAAGGGAAAGACCAUUUUAGUUACUGGUGCAACUGGAUUCUUAGCCAAAGUAUUUGUGGAGAAGAUUCUGAGGGUUCAACCCAACAUAAAAAGGUUAUAUCUUGUUGUCAGAGCAUCAAAUCCACAUGUAGCUCUCCAACGCUUGCACACUGAGGUUUUUGGGAAGGAAUUGUUCAAAAUACAAAGAGAAAAGUGGGGUGAAAAAUUCAGCUCCUUUUUGUCCGAGAAAGUGGUGGCAGUUGCAGGUGAUGUUUCUCUUCACAAUUUCGGAAUCAAAGAUCAAAUCCUCAUUGAAGAGAUGUUGAAAGAGAUUGAAAUUAUAGUGCACUCUGCCGCAACGGUCAGAUUUGAUGAACGAUAUGAUGUUGCAAUGGGUACCAAUACAAUGGGAGCUUAUAACGCUAUAAACUUUGCUAAAAUAUGUCUUAGAAUUGACAUUUUUCUUUACGUAUCUACGGCUUAUGUUUGUGGAAAAGCAAAAGGACUAAUACUUGAGGAACCAUUUCGUAUGGGUCAAACAAUUAAAAGGUCUUCAGAAUUGGACAUCAACUUAGAAAAGCAGUUGAUUGAAGAAAAAUUGAGUGAACUCCAAGCACGGAAUGCCAAUGAAAAAACAAUCACCUCAAUAAUGAAAGAACUUGGAACAAUAAGGGCAAAUUUGCAUGGGUGGCAAGAUACGUAUGCAUUUACAAAAGCAAUGGGAGAAAUGGUUGUGACGAGCAUGAAGGAAAAUAUACCAUUGAUCAUCACACGCCCUACUGUUAUAAUCGGCACCCUUUCGGAACCUUUUCCGGGUUGGAUUGAAGAUGUUAAAACUAUAGACUUUGUGUUUGUUGAGUAUUUCAAAGGAGCAAUAACCAGUUUUGUUGGUAAUUCAAAGAUAACUUUAGACCUGAUACCAGUAGACAUGGUGACAAACUCAAUGAUCAUAGCGAUGUUGGUUCAUUCUAAGAACAAUACUUCAAACAAUUUGAUCUACCAUAUUGGCACUUCGUUAAGAAACCCAAUUAAACUUUCAGAAAUUCAAGACUUAAUGCAUCUUUAUAUUACGAAAAAUCCAUGGCUAAAAAAUUAUGGAAAGUCCGGGACUUUAUAUGAAAAAUUUACAUUCAACCCCAAUUAUACGGAAGAUCUUGAAUUUCCCCAGUACAAGGGAUCAAGGUUGAAGAGGAUAAUGAACAUGUAUCGUCCUUAUCUUCACUUUGAGGGCAUCUUUGAUGAUAAGAACACGGAGAAGCUACGAAUGGCAAUAAAAGGAGUUGGCAGUGUUGAGAGGAAAUUUAACUUGGAUCCCAAAAGUAUUGAUUGGAAGGAAUAUUUGGAGAAUGUUCAUUUUCCAGGUCUACUUAAGUACUCUAUGCAACCUAAGAUGUAA